UCAUAACAACACAAAAAAAUGGAAGAACGAAAAAUCUUUAUCCUUUUAACCAUGUAUUCUAGAUUUAUUUUAAAGCAACAAGGGUUCAGUUUUAGUCACAAGAAAGACUAUGGUGCAGCAUAAUUUGAAUAAUUCGUUGGCAUAACAACAUGGUCGAAAAAGAGAACUUCCGGAUCUCUUUCCACUCGGAUUCCCAGAACCAAACACAAACAGCCAAAACAAGGGGGGCGUGGAUGAACGCCCCCUUGCUGGGGCAAGGUUUCAAAAAUAUUGUCUGGAUGAGUGCAGCCAGGGAAAAGAAUGCAAGCAAAAACCGAUGUGUGGGGAGGGAUUCUUCUUGAGCAAUGAUGGUAAACAUUGUUUGGAUGUAGAACCUAACAGAACAUGCGUCAUUCCAACCAAUCCAGCUUUCCCAAAUUGCGAACAGAAAGCAAGGUGGAUGUCAAAGUUUUGGAAAUCUCACCCCUGCUUUAAAAGAUUUGGUGUUGAUGGAAGCACUUGUUCUAUUCUGAAAUUUCUUUCUGAGGUUGUGAAAGAAUGUCCUAUAGUAAAUGAACGAAUAAAGUUGGGUCACGAGAGAUUGCAAAGAAUGAGAGAGGCAGAAACGGAAAGGUACAAAAACGAUAUCUUGUUAACGCAAAUACUUCAUAAUUCAAGAGAUACUGGAUGGAUAAAGAAUCGAAUCUCACUGCAAUGGAAUGAAUGGGUGUCAGCAUUUGGUGCGUUAAAAACAAAACAAAAUCUUGGGAAAAGAAGAAAGAAAAAUAUAUUAGUGUUUAUUGGUAUCCUUGCGGAGAAAAGCUGGAAUUGGGCUGACAAUGCUAAGAAAGGUGGCCCACUUGGUGAGCUCCUGCAAUGGGCGGACCUUAUUGCAGCCAUCUAUAUACUUGGACAUAAUGUUUACGUUGCAACGAGUACAAAGGAAAUUCGAAGCAGCUCACAGAAGUCACUAUCCCCUUGCGGUGAUCAACUUGUUGGGAUAGCGCAGAACGAUCUGAUUUACACUGACAUGCAUGGCUUGUUAUCACUAAAGCAUGCUGGCUUCAACGUGACUGAACUAAGGUGCAAGUUUCGAAUUUUGGAUACAUUCGGAACGGAACCAAAGUUCAAUUAUGGCGACGAAGCAACGCAAGACAUCAGUCAAGUUGAUGCAUCUGGUCGUUUUAAAAAGAAAGAGAAGAAAAAUGCGUAUUUUGGUUGGCAGUUUAAUCUGAAGCAGUAUAUGACGCUUUUCCCACACACACCAGACAAUUCGUUUCUUGGUUUCGCUGUGACGCAGAAAACUAACGAAGAUGUAACGACGAAGAAGAAGAAUUGGGCACUAGUGUAUGGGAAGCAAAAUUAUAUGUGGAAGGGAUGUACGCCAUUUCUGUCUGUGCUACGAAAGUAUGUUCAUGUGCAAGCAACAGUUGGAGCUGAUUGGUCGACAUCUGGUCAAACCACUAAUGAUAACAAGAGUGGAUUGUUUAACGUUCCUGGUUUUGUUAGCAAUCAUGGUCUUGUAUCUUGGAAUGAUUAUCAACAGUUGCUUCGAAGUACAAAGAUAUUUGUUGGUUUAGGAUUUCCUUUUGAAGGACCUGCGCCAUUGGAAGCAGUUGCGAGAGGAGCAGUAUUUAUAAACCCCAAGUGGGAUCCGCCUGUCAGUCGUGUGAACGACGUGAAAUUCAACAAGAAGUGGUUUUUCAAAGAUAAACCAACUUCCAGAAAGCUUAUGUCCCAACAUCCUUACAUGGAAAUAUUUAUUGGGAGACCGCAUGUUUACACAGUGGACAUAAAAGACGAGCAUGCCGUGAAACGAAUCGUGAAAGAAAUUCUUAACAACUUCAAACAAAACAAAAUCAAAGCUUACGUCCCACACGAGUUCACACACGAGGGAAUGUUGCAAAGAUUAAAUGCAUACAUCGAAAAACAGAACUUUUGCAGUAACGAAGCUCCCUGGACCAAAAGGAAAGCACUGCGAGUGAUUGUAAGUUCAAUUGAUGAAUCUUGCAUUGACAGUUGUUGGAGAAAUGGUUUAGUGUGUGAGAACACAUUGUUUAAAUACGUCAACACGAAGGAGGUUUUUGAAAAACAAAAUCUCCGAUGUGCUUCCGUGGAUUACCAAAGCCGUUUAACAGCGCCUUCAUAUUCUAUGCUUACAAAAACAUGCAUAAUUCAGAAUGAACCGUUAUUAUAUAGUUGUGUCGAUUCAGCAAAAUACGAAAAGAGAUUAUGCGCUUGUCGUGAAUUUGUUAAAGAGCAAGUUGCUUUAUUUCCCGAAUAAGAGAUUUAUUGAACAUGCUUUUGGAAAGCAUGUUCAAUAAAUCUCUUAUAUAAAUUUUCUACAAAAUUGUCAAAAUUUCCUUGUUUUAUCAAAACUCUCAAACCUGGUAAACUGAUGAUGACAAUUUUGAAACAUAACGCUUAUAGGCCUACAUAAAGGCUUAAAAUGAACCAUGCUAGAAUACUCCGUGCCUACAGCUUACCAAGUAGCGUAUAUUGUUUAAUAGAUUCACUUUAUAUUUGUUAAUUUAUUCAAAAUAUUUUGUACAAUUCAGCUUUUUAUGUAACAAUUAGUUGUUGCAGUUAAGAUAACUUUCCACCAUA